AAGGGGACGUUGCGUUUUCCGAACCGAAGGUGCCGUCGACACGUACGUCGCGCGGCGGAGCGUGUGUGCUAUACUCCGGUAGACGACAGAGAGGGAUCGCGCCGGAGGAUUUUCGUUAUGUAUCGAUUUACUACGUAAAUACUCUUCCCUUGCGCGCAACGUAGCGGCAAAUGGAGCACGCGGAAUGAGAGUCUGCGGCACCGAUUGCAAGACAGUACGAAGACAUGGAAGCCGCGGUAAUAGAAGUUCUACGACAGGCGGUCAGCCAAGACCCCAAUGUCCUGAAGUCUGCAGAGCAAACGCUGAAGCAAUGGGAGACUCAGCAAGGAUUUUAUAUAGCGUUAUAUAAUGUUCUUUCAAAUCAUUCCUUGGCUAUUGAAGUUAGAUGGAUGGCUGUAGUAUAUCUAAAGAUUGGGGUUGAGAGAUACUGGAGAAAAAAUGCACCAAACGCAAUUGAGGAUAAUGAGAAGGAAUUUUUGCGACAGCAUCUGCUCAGAAAUUUUGAAGAACCUGUAAAUCCACUAGCUGUACAAUUAGCAGUCCUUAUUGCCAAGAUAGCAAGGUAUGAUUGUCCUAGAGAAUGGGGUACACUAGUUCCAACAUUGUUGGAAGUUAUAAGACAAGAAAAUCUUUUGGCACAGCGUCAGGCGGUAUUAACACUGCAUCAUGUUGUUAAGGCUUUGGCGUCUAGACGCUUGGCUGAUGGACAAAGGAUCUUCCGAGAAUUGACUGCGACUAUGUUCAAUUUUAUUCUAAAUCUAUGGAAUACUUAUACUGAAUCCUUCCUGAUUAUGGCAUCUAAUGGGGCCGAUGUCAAUCAGACACAAGAAACCUUAGAAAAAGCACUUUUACUAUUAAGAAUACUUAGGCAACUGAUUGUAUAUGGUUUCUCUAAACCAUCCGAAUCUCAAGAUGCCAUGUUGUUUUUGAAAGUCGUUUUUGAACGCGCAAAGACCUGCCUUGAGUGUCGAAAAACUUUAGCCUCUAGGGGUGUACAAGUGGACGUGUGCGAAAAAUUUAUAAUACAUUUGACCAAAGUUUUAUUAGGAGUCUUAGACAUGCAUCCGUUUUGCUACGUGGAACUCAUACCAACUUCUCUAGAGUUCUCCGUUUUUUACUGCUUCACAGAAACUGGCCAAGCGUUAGCAUUUGAAAGAUUUAUUAUUCAGUGUCUAAAUUUAGUAAAAAGCAUUUUAUUAUCGACAUAUUACAGACCAGCUAAAGUUAUAGAAGAGACGAAAGAUCCAUUGGUUUUGAGGGCGUGUCAAUUGAGACAGGAAUUUUUUACACCGGAAACAUUAACGGAGAUAUGCUCCAGGCUUGUCACGCAUUACUUCCUUUUGACACCUGCGGAUCUUGAAAUGUGGGAUACUCAACCAGAAAGUUUCGCCAUUGAUGACGGUGGAGAGUCAUGGAAAUAUUGUUUGAGGCCUUGCACAGAAUCCUUGUUUUUGGCGAUCUUCCAUCACUUUCGAGACGUUCUCGCUUCGGUUUUGGUUAAUUUGAUGCGACAGCAUCAUCAACCUGUCGAUCCUAAUAACUUGCACGCGAUUCUAGUAAAAGAUGCGGUCUAUCGCGCGGUUGGUCUGGCUGCAUUUGAUUUAUACGACGAGGUAAACUUUGAUCAGUGGUUUUCGACGACUCUAAAGGAGGAAUUAAAGAUGCGAAGUAACAAUUAUAAAAUUAUUAGAAGACGUGUGUGUUGGUUGAUUGGUCAAUGGACUAAUAUCAAAUUGAGUGCGGAAUUAAGGCCGGAAUUGUACAAGCUCAUGAUAGAAAAGUUGAAUCCAGAGGAGGAUUUGGGAGUUCGUUUAGCAGCAAGUAAUGCUUUGAAACAGGCAAUUGAUGAUUUCCAGUUCAAUUCGGAAGAGUUUACUCCCUUCUUGGAACCUGUCUUCUCAUUGCUUUUUGCGCUUCUUAAAGAAGUAAAUGAAUGUGACACAAAAAUGCAUGUGUUGUAUGUAUUAUCUUUUAUUAUCGAACGUGUUGGCAGUGGAAUUAAACCACACGUUGGUGCACUUAGUUCAUAUCUACCUGAACUUUGGCAACAAUCCGAAAUAUAUAAUAUGCUGAGAUGCGCCAUAGUAUCGACUCUGAUACAUUUGGAAAGAGCUCUAGGUUCUGAAAGUGUUAUUUUAGAACCAUUGGUAGUAGGUGUUGUUGCUCUGAGUUGUGACGUUAAUCAAGAAGGACAUGUUUAUUUAUUAGAAGACGGAUUGGAAUUGUGGAUAGCCUUAUUAGAAAACACACCUACCCCGACACCAGCUAUAAUGGAUCUCUUCAGAAAUAUGCCAGCAUUAUUGGAUCAAUCCUCGGAGAAUUUACGUUUAUGUUUGUAUAUAAUUCAGGUUUACGUUUUACUGAGUCCGCAAGAUUUUUUCACUCAGAGAGGUUCGGUAGUCAUCGAAUCACUGAAAACACUUCUUAGUGAUUUACGAUCGGAGGGUAGAGUGAUGGUAUUGAAAUUAUUUGAGAUUUGUCUUAGGACUUCCCCUCAACAGGGUGCAGAACUGAUAAAGCCCGUUUUGCUAAAGAUAUUUGAGAGAGUUUACUAUGCCGAUGAAUACUCAUUGGUAAUGACCAUGCAUCUGUCUAUCGUCGCGAGAGUUUUAUUAGGUUCCCGUGAUAUUUUUGUACAAGUAAUCAGCGAUUUAGCGCAGAGUAUAGGAACUGAAACGAGGGAAGAUGUCGUUCUUGGAAAACUGAUACACGGUUGGGUCAACGCAAUGCCGCUGGUGCCUCAGACCGAAAGGCGCAAAUUACUAUCCCUUGCACUCUGUUCUCUCCUUGGAGCGAACAGUCCACCCACAGUUCUUGAAUAUUUCCCGCAGAUAAUAUCGAAUAUCGUCGAGACACUUAAUGACAUCACCAAAUUCGAUGAUAUGGGCUAUCCUGUCGAUUCCUUAAUGAUUAGUGAUCAGCCCAGUCCUUCGCAAUAUGAAGAUGUGGAUUACGAAACUGAACAUGCUCAACGACAAAAGAGACUUGUUUUUAGUGAUCCUGUGCAUAGUAUCUCUUUGAAAGAUACUCUCCAAAGUCAGUUGAUCACGCUGCGAAGUAUAGUUGGAGAUCAUCAAUUUGACCAAUUGAUGCUUACUCUCAAUUCCGAAAUUGAUGAACAACUCAAGGAUUACAUAUCGCUGUGAAGAAAACAAGAUCAAAAUAUAAUGCAGGAAAUAUCGACAAAUGCUACAUAAACGUAUGAGAAAGAAGCUUUACAGCGUUCUACUGUAAAACGGUACUAUUUUACUGUAUAAUAUUACCAUCUGUUUCAUUGUAUUAAUAAUGAUAAUAAAAGUAAUCUUGGCCUUGUUUA